AUGGCUCCCAGGGCCGCGGCGAGCGCCACGCAGACCUUUUUCUUCCCCUCUUCCUCGUUGAACUACUCCUCGCCCCCGCCGCGCUGCCGCUUCGCGGCCGACGCGUCCACGGCCCUGAUCGCCGGCUCCACGUCCACGGACUCCACCGCGCGCGCCCACCCCACGAUCAGGCGCGGCAUGUCCUCGCCGUCCUUGACGCAGCUCCGCGCCCAGCCCCAGAGCGCGGCCGCGUACGCGCGCUGCGACUCGGCCCACGCCUCCAGCGCGGCCCGCCAGCCGCGGAGCUCCGACCCGAGCGCGCCCGCGCCCGCCGCCGUGCGCGCCGCGCCCGGGGGCGGUGGCGGGCCCCUGGUACCUCCUUCGCCUGCCGGGACGGGCCGAGCGGCGGCUGAGGACGUGAGGAGCGCGAUCGAGUCGUCGGCGGUGCGCUUCAUCACCCAGUCCUUCCACUUCUACCCUGCCUGCUUUCUCCUCCUGCCGCCGCUCCUCCUGCGGCUCACCUGGUCGCACUCGCCGCACGGAGCCCCGACGCUCUCCUUUGCCAGCCCCACCGCGUUGUCCCCCGCCGUCCUCCUCCUCCGCCGCAAGGGCACCUGCUGCCUCCCCUCCUCCUCGGCACACAACCCCUCGCUCGCCCUCUUCUGGGACCUCACCGCUGCCAGGUACGACGUCGCGGCCUCGUCCUCCUCCCCGUCCUCGUCCUCGGAGCCGGUCUCUGGGUUCUACGCUGGCGCCGAGGUGGUGCUGGCCGUGGGCGACCUGGCGGCGGAGUUCGUCAAGGCCAAGUUCGAGGGCCAGAUCCCACGGGCGCGCUCCAUCCGCCCCGUGUCCCGCGCCGACCGCGUCGUCGUGGCGGCGGCGCCGGGGCAGACACCGGGUGCCGCGGUGCACACCGCGCGGGUCCGGUUCGCCGAGGGCGCGCUGGAGCACGAGGUCGCCGUGGGCUGCUGCCGCGCCUCCGCCUCCGGCAGGCCCAGGGAGGAGGAGCUCUGGGUCAGCGUCGACGGCAAGUGCGCCGUGCACGCGCGCCGCCUGCGCUGGAACUUCUGGGGCAACCAGAUCGUGUUCGUCAACGGCGCGCCCGUCGACGUGCUAUGGGACCUCCACGACUGGUGGUUCCAGGACCCGCCCGGCUGCGCCGUCGUCAUGCUCCGCGCCAGGAGCGCGCUCGAGAGCAGGCUCUGGCUCGAGGGAUCCGUUUUGACCACGAACGGGGAACGGUGCAGGCAGGAGUAG